AAACCACCCGUGACUAAAAAUGAAGAAAAUUGAGCUAGUGUUCAUCCCGGUGGCAGCCGCAGGCCACCUGAUUCCCCUAAUUGAGUUUGCGAAGAGAUUGUUAGAGCGAGAUGAUCGCUUCUCAAUAACUGUUCUUGUCAUGUAUUCUCCUGCUAUGACCUCUCUUGCGGCUGCUUAUGCCGAAUCUUUUGCAGAAACUAAUACUCCAAUAAGGUUCAUCAAUCUACCUCCUCCUAUACACUUUCGUCCUUCACAAGAGGUUCACAAAUCCUUGGAGAAGUUUGCAACAGAGUAUGUGGAUUAUCAUAAAGCUUGUGUUAAAGAAGCUAUUGUUAAGCAUCUAGUUUCAAAUUCAAACUCAGCUCCACUUGCUGGGUUGGUUGUUGAUAUGUUUUGUACGUCAAUGAUCGAUGUGGGAAAUGAACUCGGUGUUCCUUCUUAUUUGUUCUUCCCUUCUUGUGCAGCAUUUCUUGGUCUCUUGAUGCACCUUCCAACUCAAUAUACCCUGACUGGUAGAGAAUUUGAAGAGUUUGACGGCGAGGUUGUGAUCCCUUGUUAUGUUAAUCCAGUGCCAAGCAGUGGUCUGCCUGAAUUUUUGUUAAACAAGAAUGGCGGCUACACUUCACUGAUGAACCAUGGAAGAAGAUUCAAGGAAACCAAAGGAAUUAUUGUCAACACAUUCGAGGAGCUGGAAUCUCAUGCGGUUAAUUGUUUGUUGAAUGAUUUUGAUCAUGUGCCUCCGGUUUACACAGUUGGACCGCUGAUUGAACUCAAGGGCGAGAUGCAAAAUGAGAUUAUGAAAUGGCUUGAUGAUCAGCCUGAAUCAUCAGUUGUUUUCUUGUGCUUCGGAAGCAUGGGGUGCUUUGGUGAGGAACAAUUGAAAGAAAUUGCACUUGGAUUGGAGCAAAGUGGUCACAGGUUCUUGUGGUCAAUAAGAAAGCCACCAACAAAUAAACUUGAAGGGCCCACUGAUUACAAAGCUGAUCUCCAGGAAGUGUUGCCAAAUGGGUUCUUGGAGAGGACAAAGGAGAUUGGAAUGGUGUGUGGAUGGGCACCACAAAAGGAGAUCUUGGGCCAUAAAUCAAUAGGAGGAUUUGUUUCUCAUUGUGGGUGGAAUUCAAUCUUGGAGAGCCUGUGGUUUGGUGUCCCAAUUGUGACAUGGCCCAUGUAUGCUGAGCAACAGAUUAAUGCAUUCCAAAUGGUGAAAGAUAUAGGACUUGCUGUGGAGUUGAGAUUGGACUAUAAAAUCAGUGGAGGAGAAGUAGUAUCAGGAGACGAGAUAGCAAGAGCUAUAAAAUAUGUAAUGGAUAGAGAUAAUGAGGUGAGGAAAAAGGUGAAAGAGAAGAGUGAAAAGAGCAGAUUUACAGUAAUGGAGGGUGGCUCUUCAUUUGCUGCAUUUGGGAACUUCAUUGAUGACGUACUACGAAACAUGCCAUGACAGAAACAUUAUCUUAAUCAUCUUUAUUCUUGAAGAGCGUCAUGUUUCCUAAUUCAAAAAUAAGCUAAAAUAUUUUAACCUUUAUCCUUUAGUUUUUGUUAUAUAACAUUAAAUAAAAAUUUUAAUGUCAUUAGAGAAUCAUAAUUGAGUUGUGAAAA